AUGGCGCGAGUCACUCGUCUCCUUGCCCUCCUGGGUGUCCUCGCAGGUGCUGCCGCUCGUUCCAACGCAUCCUCCAGUAGCGUCAAGAUUAGCUGGAUUGGCGGCUCUCCCGCUCAAAACCUUGGUACUACGUUUGGCUUGCCCUGGCCUCAAGGACAAUACCAACCUGACGAGGUCGACUUCCAACUCUCGGACGGGCAGACGCCACUUCAGUCAUGGGUUACCGGAUACUGGCGCGACGGCUCCAUCAAGUGGUCAGCGCACGCGAUCCCCAAGACCGACAACGUCGCCACCGAGUACACCAUUCAGGCCACGCCUGUCGCCAAGGGCAAGUCCAAGCGCCAACAAACGACCAAGUUGUCGGUGAAUCAAGGCCAUAAGGAAAUCACCGUCGACACUGGCAAGAUCACCGUUUCAUUUCCUAAGGAGGGCCAUCACAUCGUCAGCUCCAUCAAGACUGCUGGGGGGAAGACUGUGGGAAAGGACGGCCGAUUGGUGCUGUAUAGCCAGACCGAUAUUCCGGGCACUGCCGAAGACCGCACAGACACUGCCAUUGACCGUUCCAACUUUGAGAGCAACAUCGAAGAAGUGAGUGUCAGCAAGGAGAACUCGGUCCGCGCCCUCGUUACUGUCCGCGGCAAGCACACCACCACCGAGGGCUCUGAUCACGAGGACUGGCUGCCAUUCGUUGUGCGCUUCUAUCUGUACGCCAACUCAGAGGCCAUCAGGGUGGUGCAUAGCAUCACUUUCGACGGCCAGCAGGACAAGGACUUCAUCUCCGGUCUAGGGAUUCAAUUCCAAGUCCCACUCAAGGGAGAGCAGCUGUACAACCGCCACGUUCGCCUGGCCGGCACGGACGGUGGAUUCUUGAACGAAGCCGUCAAGGGCAUCACCGGUCUCCGCCGUGACCCUGGCGCGGCCGUCAGAGCUGCUCAGGUGGAGGGCAAGCCUCUUCCCGCCGAGUCGACCUGGGACACGAGAGUCACCGCUCGUCUCCAGUGGAUCCCCGUCUGGAACGACUACAGCCUGAGCCAGCUGUCUCCCGAUGGUUUCACCCUCAAGAAGAGAACCAAGGCGGGCCAUAGCUGGGUCAACGUCCCCGGCGGCACCCGCUCCGGUGGUCUCGCGUACCUGGGCGGUGCAACUCAGGGUGGACUUGCUGUCGCUCUGCGAGAUUUCUGGAAGCGCUACCCCACCGGUCUCGACAUCGCCAACGCCGGAUCCGACGAAGGUCAAAUCACACUCUGGUUGUACAGCCCGGAAGCAGCUCCUCUUGACCUCCGUGGUUAUCACGACGGCCUGGGUCAGGAUACGUACGCGAAGCAGCUCGAUGCUCUCGAGAUCACGUACGAGGAUUACGAGCCCAAGUUUGACAGUCCGUACGGCAUUGCUCGGACCAACGAAGUCUUCCUGUUCGCUUUCGAGAGCACCCCGUCCAGCGACACGCUGGCCGCGUUGAACGCCCACGCUCAGGAACCCCCUGUGCUUGUUGCGAAGCCCGAGUACAUCCUGGAGACCAAGGCUGUCGGAUCGUACUGGGGACUCCCAGACACCUCCACCCCUGCCAAAGCCAAGAUUGAGAGCAACCUCGACUUCCUCGUGAAGCACUACCAGCAGGAGGUCGAGGCCCGCCGUUGGUACGGCUUCCUUGACUACGGCGACGUCAUGCACACCUACGACACGGACAGGCACCAGUGGCGCUACGACAUUGGCGGCUAUGCUUGGGAUAAUAGCGAGCUGUCCCCCGACCUCUUCAUCUGGCAGUACUUCCUCCGCACUGGCCGCGCCGACGUCUUCCGUUUCGCCGAAGCCAUGACGCGGCACACGGGAGAAGUCGACACGUAUCAUAUCGGCGACUGGAAAGGGCUCGGGACGAGGCACGGCGUGCUGCACUUUGCUGACAGCGCCAAGCAAGCUCGCAUUUCACAGCCCCAAUAUCGGAAGUAUUUCUUCUACCUCUCGGGCGGUGACGAGCGGACGGGCGAGCUCCUCGAGCAUACACUGGAUGCGGACAGGACUUACGGAGUCCUUGACCCGCAGAGAAAGGUCCGGACGGACGGUUGGAAGCCUUCCCCCGGUGCUCCUGUCACUUUUGGCUUGGGAACAGACUGGGCUGCGUUGGCGGCGGGAUGGCUUAUUGAAUGGGAACGCCGCGGCUCCCGCUGGGAAGAGGCAAAGAAGAAGCUCACCGGCACUGCUACCGGGAUUGCGAAGCUCAAGAACGGAUUCGUAACCGGCUCAGGCUCCUACCUUAUCGAGAACGGCACGCUUCUGCCUCCACCCACCGACCCGGAGAACAAGGGGGUCGUGGCAAUCUCUCACCUCAACGCCGUUUUCGGCAUGCCUGAAGUCAUCUCGGAACUUCUCGAGUACUGGGGCGACGAGGCGCCCGAGGGCUUCAAGGUGGCUUGGUUGGACUACACCUACUACUACCUCGCGACCGCCGCCGAGCAGACCGCGCGGUAUGGCAAGGCGUUCAGCGGCGUCAGCCUCAAGCAGGGGCACUCGCGUCUCUCGGCCUACUAUGCUGCUACGCAGAAAAACGCGACUGUCGCUACGCUGGCCUGGACGAACUACCGCAACGAUGGUCUGAAGGACACUCAGGCAUUCACGGCGCAGCGCAUCGAGGGCAGUGCUGUGGUUCACCCUGUUGAUGAGGCUGCUUGGUUGAGCACGAAUGACUUUGCUCAGUACGGGCUUGCCAGUAUCCAGAACCUCGCGUACAUUGGGGACAGCAUCUGA